GCAUCAGCAUUCUACAAUUACUAUAAACAGAACCAAGAGGAGGGUAUGUACCUAGUGUAUGUCUCUGAGAAAGGGUAGGCCGUCAAAACACCCCCAGAGAUGGAACACGUCGUUGCUAAGUUCCCUGAUCUGUUCAAAGAGCCCACAGGAGUCGUAGAUAGGGAGAUUGUCCAUGCCAUAGAAAUCAUUCCAGGGAGUAAAACCCCAAAGGGAAGGAUCUAUAGGAUGGCUCCGGCCGAGUUGGACGAACUUUGGCGACAACUGAAAGAGCUGACAGAAAAGGGUUGGAUACGGCCGAGUACUUCCCCCUUCAGAUCUCCAGUGUUGUUUGUACCCAAGAAGGGGGCAUCGCUGAGGAUGUGCAUUGAUUAUAGAGGCCUCAAUACCAUCACAAUGAAGAACGCAGAGCCUCUACCUCGCAUAUACGACCAAUUGGAUAGGGUGCAGGGAUGUAAGUACUACAGCAAGAUAGACUUAAAGUCCGGCUACCAUCAGAUUGCCAUAAGACCUGAGGAUCAGCACAAAACUGCAUUUCAUACCAGAUACGGUCUGUACGAGUUUGUGGUGAUGCCCUUUGGCCUUUGCUAUGCGCCGGGUACAUUCCAGCACGCCAUGAAUAGGAUCUUCCAUGACUACUUAGAUAAGUUUGUCGUCCUAUACCUUGAUGAUAUUCUUAUCUUUAGUAAGUCUGUCGAGGAGCAUGCACAACACUUAGAAACUGUACUCUCACUCCUCCGACAACACAAGUAUAAGGUCAACCUAGAAAAAUGUGAGUUUGGACGCACUAGGAUCUUCUACUUGGGUCAUGACGUAUCUGCGGAAGGGAUUAGGUCGGAAGAUGCGAAAGUGGCUAGUAUUAGGGACUGGCCACGACCUCAGACUGUUACUGAGGUCAGAUCUUUCUUAGGGAUGUGCGACUACUAUAGGAACUUUGUGAAAAACUAUUCCACGGUCGCCUCUCCUUUGACUGAUCUAACUCAACUUGAUACACCGUGGGACUGGAGUGAUGAGUGCGAGGCUGCUUUCAAACAAUUGAAGCAUGCACUCAUGAAUCAUGAGGUUCUCAUGGUGCCCGAUCCUCAGAAGCCUUUCAUUGUGACCACUGACGCAAGCCAAUACGACAUUGGCGCAGUGCUGGCUCAACAGGAUGGGAAGAAAAUGCCAUCAAAGAAACUGGCAAAGUCCACCUACGAAAGGGAACUCUAUGCUCUCUACAAGGCACUCGUCCAUUGGAGGCACUUUCUGUUGGGACGGUUUUUCUAUUUCAGAACUGACCAUCAGACCCUUAAAUGGACCAAGACUCAACCUGCUCUUUCUGAUGCACUCAAGCGCUGGAUUGAGGUCAUAGAUCACUAUGACUUCAAGCUGGAGUAUCUGAAGGGAGAGUACAACAAGGUUGCAGAUGCGCUGUCACGUAGGGCAGACUACCUAGGGACGCUAGUUUCCAAAUUUGGCAUUUCUGAGGAAGUAACUCAAUCGCUGGUGGGAGCCUAUCAGGAAGACCUUGUCGCGAUGGACAUCAUACGCAAACUGCAGGCGAAAGAUAAGGCCACAGAAGAUGAGUUUGUGAUGGUGGACGGGCUACUCUUUCUUGACAAGGCCGGGUUUAAAAGAUUAGUUAUUCCAUCUAGGGAACGUUUGCGGAGUUUAUUUUUAGGGGAAUGCCAUGAUGCAACAGGACACUUUGGCUACAAGAAGACAAGCGCUAAUCUGAUACCGCGAUUCUUGUGGCCCGGUAUGCUAGAUGAUGCAAAGAAAUAUGUGGAGACGUGUCAGGUCUGUCAGCGGGACAAGCCGCAAACUCAAGCACUGCUUGGGUUGCUGAAGCCCUUACCUAUCCCCGCUGGUCUGGGACAGAGUGUUUUCAUGGAUUUCCUGGACACCCUGGUGACCAGUAGGAGUGGCAAGAGGCACAUCUUUGUCAUCAUAGAUCGAUUCACCAAGUACGCUAGACUAAUUGCCAUGCCAGAGACGACAAGGACUGAACAUGUCAUCAAGUUGUUUAUGGACAAAGUGCGUGACUUUGGACUGCCAAAGACAAUCGUUAGUGACAGAGAUGUCCGCUUUACAAGUGAGCUGUGGAAGAAGACUGCUGAGCAAUUGGGCAGUCAACUUAAGAUGACCUCCAGGAAUCAUCCCGAAGCCAACGGACAGGCCGAACAGAUGAACAGAGUUGUACAACACCUGCUGAGGCAUUACAUCAAGCCCAGCCAGGAUGACCGGGAUGAGAAAUUGCCUCUCAUCGCCAGCCUGUACAACAACGCUGUACACAGCAGUACCGGCGUCAGUCCUAUUCAGCUGCACUUGGGAUGGAAGCCUAGAUCAGCGCUGGACUUCCUCCUGCCUGAAAACUGACCCUCUGCAACUCCGGGCACACUUGAGUGUGGUGUGCAGUAUGAGAAGUUGCUACAGCAAGCUGUGGAGCACAUAAGGAAAUCUCAAAAAGCAAUGAUUGCUUCUGAGAACAAACCUCGUCGACGGUC